CAACAAACACAUUCAUCAUUACAAUUUUUAUUAUUUCUUUUUUUUUUUAAACCAUACCAUAGUAAACAUAUCGACAGUACUGAUACUGAUAUUUUACAUUUAUUUAUACUUAAGUUAUCUUAACGUAAAAAUACGUAUCAAAAUCAGACGAGCAAGUGGAUUUAAGAGCACAUCUAUGCAAAACACGGCGAUCGCUCUAUUGGAAACGGCCUCGGCCUACGAAAGAGCCGUGCUGGAAUGUGAGCACCUUGAGGCGUCGGAGCACGGAGGGUUUCGGUGAGAACGUUGGCGCGGCAGCGGCAUGGAGGAACGCGGGCCGCCGGACGUGCCGUUGAUCGUGACACCACCGUGCACGGGAGCUGUUGGCGCGGUAGGAGUUGGAGCAGCGCUCACCACCUCGCGCCGCGCCGCAUCAGCCCGGGGCUCCCGCGACGACCCGCCCCCCUCCACAUGGCGCUCCUCGGUGCGUGUGCGUGACACCAGUUUCCGUGGCUCCCGAAAAAGCGUCGUACGCCUUGAACCGCCCUGUAAUGGUCUCAACGGGUUGCCCGCCAUCGGCAAGGAGGUCCUCUCACUGGGCGCGACGGGCGGGCACAAGGGAACCACGCAACCAUCUUACCCCUGCACGAUCCUUCAUCAUUCUCCUUAUAAGGCCGCUUGGGAUUGGUUGAUUCUGAUAUUAGUCAUCUACACCGCAAUAUUUACUCCGUACGUAGCAGCAUUUCAAUUAAAUGAACCGGAUUUCGACAAACGCUCUCGUGGUUUCGGACAGGAUCCUAUUGUAGUUAUUGAUAUGAUAGUGGACGUGACAUUCAUAAUAGACAUACUUAUAAACUUUCGCACCACAUACGUAAACGCUGCUGAUGAGGUGGAGUCAAAUCCUGGGAAGAUCGCCAAGCACUACCUUCAAGGAUGGUUUGUGAUCGAUCUCGUCGCUGCUAUUCCCUUUGACCUGCUGCUCUUCGGAACCGACACCGACGAAACGACGACCCUGAUUGGUCUUCUGAAAACCGCGCGUCUUUUGCGACUUGUGCGUGUGGCGAGAAAAAUUGACAGAUAUUCCGAAUAUGGUACUGCCGUCCUUCUACUCCUUAUGGCUACUUUUGUUCUAAUCGCUCACUGGCUAGCUUGUUUGUGGUACGCAAUUGGAAGCUGGGAACGACCUCAGUUGCACGCCCCUAUUGGCUGGCUUGAUGCUCUCGCUAACGAUGUUCAAGCAUCGUAUGAUAAUUCCACCGGCCCAUCUAUGAGAUCGCGGUACAUAACGGCUUUAUAUUUCACGUGUACUUCAUUAACAAGCGUUGGUUUUGGCAAUGUUGCUCCAAAUACGGACAUGGAAAAGGGUUUUACGAUAUUCGUCAUGCUUGUGGGAUCUCUUAUGUAUGCUAGUAUUUUCGGAAAUGUAUCUGCAAUCAUACAAAGGCUUUAUUCAGGAACGGCGAGAUAUCAUACUCAAAUAUUGAGAGUACGAGAGUUCAUUCGGUUUCAUCAGAUAACUAAUCCAUUGAGACAACGAUUAGAAGAAUAUUUUCAACACGCGUGGAGUUACACAAACGGGAUUGAUACGUCGAGUGUACUGAAGGGAUUCCCUGAGUGUCUUCAAGCUGAUAUUUGUUUACAUUUAAAUAGAAAUUUACUGGCAAAUUGUUCAGCUUUUGAUGGUGCUAGUCCUGGUUGUUUAAGGGCUCUUUCAUUGAGAUUUAAAACUACGCAUGCUCCUCCCGGCGAAACGUUAGUUCAUCGGGGAGAUGUCUUAACUUCCUUGUAUUUUAUCUCCAGAGGUUCAAUUGAAAUACUUAAAGACGACAUUGUAAUGGCUAUAUUAGGUAAAGACGACAUCUUUGGCGAGAAUCCUUGCAUUCACAAUACAGUUGGUCGCAGCAAUUGUCGCGUACGAGCUUUGACUUACUGCGAUCUGCACCGGGUCCAUCGAGAUGACUUGUUAGACGUUCUAGACUUCUAUCCAGAGUUCCGGGCAUCUUUUGUUAAUAGCUUAGAAAUAACGUACAAUAUGCGGGAUGAAGAGCUGGGCGGCAUUGAACCACGUCGUCGUAUGCGCUAUGAAAACCCAUGCGACGCUAGAUUACUAAGGGAGGCAUAUGCUCGUACAACUAGAAGACCACAUACUGAAACGUUUGCUGAAAAAAUGACCUGGUUGCAGGACUCUCAGUGUAGUGACGAAGACACCGAAUCUCCUCCUAGUAGAGGAAUUCUUGAAUUUUCUGCGGAGAAAGCCGGCCAAGAUGUCACGCCUCUCAAUUUUAACUUCAGCAAACAACGCUCGACAACUCUCAAUUCGAUCACAGGCAUGCUAGCGCAACUAAAACGGAGCUUCCCAGACCUCUACCACCAUAAAACACACCAGCCGCUGCACAACAAGUACUCACAGUCAACACCUCAAACGUAUCGGGGUCGUGCAGCCGUUCGCCGACAGUCUUCCGUUGGUCCGUUAAAUGAUACCUCACCAUUAACUGGCGGUAUGGCAGGCGAAGCGGCGGUUAGCACGCCCGCUCACAGCGCUACGCUGCCUGUGUCUAGCCUCAGCACAAACCCCAGCUCGUACUAUACGAACGCUUCGCCCAGUCCGCCGGCACCCGCACCCGUCCACGUAUCCUGCGAUGACAUCCUCGCGCCUAGUGCCCCGCCAUCUAUAGGACGCACGUCACGGUCGGCUCCUCACUCAGCUGUCAACUUGCAUCAAACUGGAAGACCUACAGCAUUACCCUUUAGCGCUGAGAGGGUACAGACUGCAAUGCAGGAUGUCAUAUCGCCUCAAUAUCAAAAUGUAGGAUCUUCGGCAACGGCAUCUUCAGUAGCGACAAUCCUGACAAGGUUAGAAGAAUUAAGUAGAAGAGUAGCCGUCCUAGAAACUGGUCUCACCGCGGACGUCCGGCGGAUUUUACAACUCCUACAAGCACGUGAGGCCUCCCACCACAACGUAGCCCACACACCGUCACAGCCUCUACCCAAGGCGUCGCUAUCGGUCCCCCAAACGAAUGAGAACCCGUGGGAAUGGAAUUGGAUUGGCGAUCGCGACCGUGGACGUAACGGGCGUGAGCGCGGAGAUCGUACGCCGGGGGUGCAGCGGUCGGCGUCUGAGCCGCACGCUCCUCUACCGCCGGCACUGCCGCCGCCCCCUCAUUCACACUCGUUCUACAGGUAGUGUGAGGCAGGCGAGGCGAGCGCCCCCCGCUCCCGGCCCUCCACACGCUCGCUCGCUGAGUCCUCCUCGUGCGGCUCGCUGGCGGGCGGCUCGCGGUCGCCGGUAGUCGAGCCGCCCGCGACGUCCGCGACGCUCGCGAUGCCUGCUCGUUUUCACUUCUGCCGACGCAUCGCGAGCACUCGCCAUAACGACGCGAGGACCUUCCUCUGACGCGCCCGCCCCCCAUGCAUGGACCAAUUUUAUAAUUCGUCGAAAAUAAAUUGACACGUCCUCGCGUCCUCAGCUCUCGCUGAGUCCAAUCGUAUUUAAAAUUGAAUGUUCGAAGCUGAUCGCGUCCAACUAUAGGUCUAAUGAACGGCCAUGCUUAUGAAACAUUUGAAUCGGUAUCCAUAACACUACGUUACUAAGUUACAUGCGUGUUUGUCGCGCAUGAACAAAGAUAACUGGACGCAUCGGGUGCUUUAAUUUUUUCGUAGUUUACAAUGAUAAUGGUUACUAAAGCGUGACUAGCUGUUACAUUCAAUAGCACUAUCAGAUAAUAUUCACAUCGAUUUAAGUUUUGUAUCUGCUGAUGAAUAAAUUUUACCCGCGCGGAUGUAUCUGACUAAAAAUUAUAAUUUUAAGUUUAGUUCUCAGCCGCACAGAACGAAGUUAUAAGACUGAGACACUACGUAAAACCUACCUUCGUGAACUGUAUUUCCAGAAGAGAGUAAACGAUAAACGCUUUCUACCCGUCCUUGCUCCUUGCCUUUACAAUGUAGCUAGGUAAUAUCUAACACUACUUUGAUCAAACAUUUUAAAAUGCUCCUUGUGGAAGUGCGUUUAUGAAAAUAUGCUUGUCAUUAUUAUAGGUGUAUGUAGUUACCACUUAACCAUUGAAGUUACAGACUCAUACGGAUAAUGCCUCGGAUAUUUCUAUAAAUCUAACUUGGUUUUAUAUGAUUCAUUUAGCUGGAGAGUCACCGACAUGUUUUUACUUUACAUAAAGUUUUGAAAAUACAUUACAAGCAGCAACAAAUUUAUUGUUGAUGUAAAUAUAUAUGUUUUGGCUCAAAAUAUUUACCAAACUCUGUUUGGUAGUAAUUAUUACCAAAAUUAAGAUCAUUUUUGCCAAUAUAUCAAGUAAGCAAUAAAAUGUAUUGUAAGAACAGGCAUCCCAAUACAUACAUACUUAUAAGUGCUUAAUGCUAAAGAUUGAAGUGUUGUAUAUAUAAUAGUGCUUACAAGUUUAAAAUGCUUAUUAACUGUAAGUGUUAAUUUUUUUUUAUUUAUAGAAAACAUUUCGACUGAGAUUGUUCUCAUUAAUUAUUUCAUUUAAUUACGCACCUAAAGCAUAAUACGUAAUUCACCAUUAUAAAUUCAGUUCUUCAGUUUCCAAGGACAAAAAUUAUUUGAACUAAAUGCUUAGUUAUGCUAGUCGAUAUUAAUGUACAAAAAUACCACCUUUGACUUAAGAAAAAUUAAAUUGAUUGAUUGAUUAUUUUUUCAUUUCUUAUUUUUGAUGUUUUCGAAAUUACAAACACGCGUAGGUAUGGUAGGUAUGUUUGAUUUACAUAUAAAUUACAUAUAACAUUUAUUCUUUAAUUAAAUUUUAUAUUUGUGUGAAGGUAUGUUUGUACAGACAUCGACUAACAAUAAAUUAGAGAGUUUUUUUUAUAAAAUGAGAGAAAUAGUAUAAAAAGGAAAAAGGUUGACUUCGAUGAAAAAUUAAACUGAUAGAGUAUUAUUAGUUAGAUUUAGAUCUAUAAGUCUGUCAAUUGCAAAAUGUAUUUAGCUGCUAUAAACUUUUUAAUGUCUACAAAUAAUGUUGGUUGCUUUACCGUAUAUAAAUAGUAUGCCAUUAGGUACCUAAUUGCUUUAGUAGUUGUAGAAUUUCAAUACUAUUCAUAGUUGUAGAAUUUUAAUUAGGUCCCACUUAAAAAAUAUUAUUGUGCAAUUUAAAAUUGUUUGUCCACUAUAACAAUUUUUUUUUAAGUUGUCGAAAGAAUCACACAAAUGGACGUUUCGUUUGGGCGUGUUGCUAAAUUCAACAAAUAACAAUCAGUGGUUGUAUUCUUCUUAUGUAGUCAUCAGACUGAUAAAUAUAGAAUAAGAAUUGAGAAAUUAUACAUUACAAAAUAUAUGAAGAAAAAAAAAAAAACAAAAUAAAGUCUCAAAUAUGUUGCUUAAAAAUAUCGAACGUAAUAUUGAAUGAAACCAAUGGGUUUUGGGAGUCAUUUUAACAGUCUAUUGAUAGAAUUGCAAAAAAAAAUAUGAGCUUAAAACAACAAAAUAAUUAUAAAUUUACGUCAUAUUUUGUUAUAAGCGUGUGAUGAUGCAUGUUGUAUUUGCUGUAAUUACAUAACUUUGCAUUUAUAAUUUUAUUUAAAUAUUUAAAUAUCUUAAUAUUUAUGAAGUUAAAAUAUUACUGUUAGAUAAAGUUAAUCAAGUAAAUUUAUUAUAAUUAAAAUAAUACAAAAACCAUUUAUUUCAUUAUACUAUUUUUAUUUCGAUACUUUAAUCAUUUUGCGAUUCAAUUGUGUUUAGUUAGUGUUAAACAUUCGAUAAGAUUAAAUAAAAAGAAAGUUAUUAAAUAUUUAUUUAAUUGAACUCCAUAAUCAACAAACAGAUCAUGCUUUUUCACAAUUACAGAAAUCUACAUUUGGUCAUAGUUCUAGCUCUAUCUGAAAAUAGAGGCAAUUACUUUGGCCACAUCAUUUAAAUUAGUUAUAACUUUAUUUUUAUAAAGCACCAUUUAAACAGAUAAAGCUAUUAAAAAAACAUUUUUCAAUUCUAACACCACAUUAUUUGCUGUUAUAUAUAAAAUAGAACUUUGUAGUCAUCAUUAUGGCAUAGCAUUUAUUUCGAAUGAUGACAUUCAAAUGUCAAGAGUUGAACAGUAGAUUGGAGAGUAAGUGUAUUUAUUAACAAAUAAUAUUUUUUUUAAUGCACAAAUUAUACACCUUUUUAAAAUCACCGGUAACAAAUAAUAAUUACAAUUAUAUGGUAUUUUAAUUAUUGCCUCUUAAGUCACGUUGUUUCAUAAUAUCGCAACACUGAACUAUUUAAAACAAACAAACUUAAUAAAUAGGUAAUACAGCCUUGUUCCAUUAUCUCUGUCAUUACAAAUUAUUACAAUGUAAAUAAAUCACGUGAAUGAAGUUUUACAUUCACCACAUAGAAGAACAAAAUCCACACAUUAUGUAAAAAUAACAUUACUGUAUAAUUAAAGUCUUGUCGCUGUUAUAAGCUCUAAAAUUUAGUAUAAGAAAUUUUUAUUGUGAGUUGUUCGCUUUAUUUAAAAAAAAAAAAAUGAUGCCUUGACACAAUUUUAUUCACAAAACUGAUUUUUUCAUCUUUGUAAAAUCACAGAUUAUUGUUCUAGAAAAUUAUAUUGAUAAGUUUAGUAUUUUAUAUUUUAAAAUCAUAAAUGCGCAAUGUUAUAUUUGCGCGAUAAUAAUAAUUAGUAAUUUUGUCUGUGAUCAACAUUUUAUAUCGUUAAGCUGAAGAAUAAGCGCACGUAAAUUAGCUCUCAACACCAAUUCUCAUUUGUAUUUUGUUAAUAUUUAAUUAUAUAUGUGAUUAAUUAUGUAUGUGAAUGUUUUAAAUAUAUUUAUUAUGUAUAAUAUGUAUUAUAGUGAUCUUUUUUAAAUACCAUAAAUAAAAAGAGGAGAUACAUCAUUAUUGACAUAUUUUAAAAGAACACACAAGCCGUGGAAUUGUGAGAAGUUUGGCACACUAGGUUAAAAAGGUAACAAUAUUUUAUUGUUAUAUAUAUAUUUAUAUAUACAUAUGUAGGUAUAUUAUGUUGUUUCUUAACAUCUCAAAACCUUUAAUAAAUGUAAUUUUGUGAUUCUAAGACCUAUGUAGUUUAUUGGCAUAUUUUAAGUUUCCUGUGUUUAUAUUUUUUAUAAAAUUACAUUUGAUCAUUUGAUUUUUUAUUGUGUGUUACCGCACCGCGUUGAAGUAUUAUUUACUUUUUAACAAAAUUUAUAAAAUUGAUUAAAAAUUGAUAAAUUCAAAUCAUCAUGCGCACAAAUUUUGCAUCGCAAAUGACAGUAUCAAAACAGUUAUCUUGCUCACCUUAAAAAUAUAAAGCUACGCAUUUUCAAACAUUAUUAACGUCCUAUCAGUUAAUUUGAAAUUGAAAUCAGUUUGAAAUAUUUUUUUUAUAGUUUUUCUCUAUCGUCCAUUGAUACGACUUUGCAUCGGCACCGACGGUCGACCGGCACUGACGGUUUAAGCGUUUUUCAUUUCUAGGACGUCAACGAUAUCAAUAUCCGAUGGAAUAUGAAUGGAAUACAAUUAAACUAUGGAUAUUUUGCUAGACUUAGAAAACAAGCACUAAGGGAGUGGGUACAAAUGUUUCUGUUUCUUUUUCUUUAGUUUUUAGGCAGGUUGCACAAAAAAUAAAUUUAAAAAAUAUUAUUUUCAAAUACAUAUUAAUUUACAGUCCUAUUAUUUUAUGUGAACAUUUUGUUUUAUGUCGUUUUUAAGUAAUAUAUUAUUAUAGAUAUUAAAAAUACUAUAUGGCUGACAGCUUUCUGCCAAGAUAAACGAAUGUGAUCUCAAUAAUGUAAAACGAUUUUUUUAUUAUAAUUACACGAAGAUGAGUUUGUAAUCAAUUAUGUUUCUUUAUACUUAUUUUGAAUCAUUAGAUACUAGUCAGGAUUUUUAAGUUUUUUAAAAGUUAAAGAUAAUUUACUACAUAAUGAGAUAUUAUUAUAUAAUACACCCCUAUGAAUAAUUGAGUAGAAACCAUAUUCACAUUGUUAUAUUGAAGCUGUUGUUAAUUCGUUUACAUAUAAUAAUAAUUUUGUUGAACAUUUAUUAUAAAAAGUAAAAUAAACAAGCACCAACUCGAUCUUGUAUAUUGUUAUUUUUAAGCUACACAAAACUUUUUUUACAUGUUAAACAAUAGUAACCUCAGUACGGGUUUCAUCGACUACCAUAACACCGAUAGUUGAACGAUUAUUAUUCAUAAAUCGUUUUAAUUCUAUUGGUAGUUUAAUUAGGAAUGUUAACUCGUACUAAGGCCACAACAUUAGCUAAGUGCAAAAUUGUUAUCAUUGCUUUUAUAUGAUUUUUGUUUAUCGAUGUAUGAUUUUUAUUAUCUUUUACCUAAACUUUUAAUAUAAAUGUAGGUAUAGCAAUAUCUUCAGCUUAUCUUAAAUAAAUAAGAAAUGCCGUAUAAGUAAUUUUUAUACAAUAUUAUUAAUAGAUAUUUGUUCGUUGUUGUUAAAUGAUGAACGAACCGAAUGCUAUUGUACGAAGAAUAUCUAAAUUGAGCACUCUAGCCAUAUUUUAUGUAUAGGUGAAUGAAUAAUGUGACAGCGCAAAAUACUCGUUGAGUAAUUAAAUAAGUUCAAUGAAAAUAAAAAAUAUCACGCACAUGCGA